AAGGUAUAUCCUGCACUAUUACAUGAUAUUUACCAGGCUUGGCAUUCCAGAGCUGGGAUGUAACUGAAAUAGAUCUGGUGGAGACAUGGAGGGCAGCUGUGGAGGAAACCGUGAUUAACUAACUCCCUGCAUUUAAAGUCAACACGUUGCACUGAUUAAUUCUGUGUUUUCAUUGACGCUGCAGUCUAAUUUAAAAGGAAAACAAUAAAAUACAAGGCAGUUAGUAAUGAGAACCACGUGUUGUCCAUCUUGGUCCACCAACUCUCUUCCCCCCCCCCUCGUUUCCCAUCUGUGCCCUUCAGGCCCUCACUUGAGUCACCUCCCACUUUCCUCUUCCUUCAGAGCCCGUCUGUUUUUGUUUUUGAGCCUGGGCUCUUUGCACAGGAAACUGUGUAUACAUUGGGAGCAUUCAGGAAAGGCAGGGAGAAGCUUUCCCAUUAGCUCCAACUAUGAGGACAUAACGGAGGGGAGAAAAAAAAAUAUAUAAGAGGGGUCAGUAACUGGGAGAGAAACAGAUGUCAGCUGUUCUCCUCCUCCCAUAACCUCGUCUCCCUCCCUCUUACAUAGUCUGGACGCUUGAAAAAUCCCUGCCACAUCACUGCCACGAGGCUAUCCCUCAAUUCAGAAAACGCAGAAAGUCUUUCUCAAAAAGCAACUAUAGCCAUGUUCCUAAUGGAUGGGUGUCUCAGCUGCAGAAGAAACCAGUGAGGAGAACAGACUGGAAUGAAGGAAAAGAGGAGGAGAUAAAAGAGCAGAGAGAGGGAGAGCAAGAGAGAGAGACUGGGGGUGAAAAAACAACAGGAAACCAAACGAUUCUAAUGCUGUUUCUCCAGAUCAGCUCACAUAAUUCAGCUGAGCACCAUGAGGAACAGUCCCACCGCGUCUUUUCUCGGCUCAUCUCCCGAAGAACGAGCCAUGUAAAAAGAGCUGAAGUUUGAAAAGUGACGUCAGCAGCAGCCGUACGGUCUGUCAGGGUGCGAGCGGAUGCAGGCAUUUGGGAGCUGUGUGCUGGGAUUCCUGUGCGGCUGCCUUUUGACCUGCCGACUAAUUUCUGGUUUUUGGGCUCAUAUGGAUCAAUUCUGGUGCUUUCAGGGAACUUUCUGUUUCAGUCUUCUGGACUACUAACUGGAGCCCACAUGAAGAAUAAAGGAAACAAGCAGAAGACCAAAAAGAAAGGAAGUGAGAAUGUGUUCGGCUGUGACCUGACAGAACAUCUCCAGGGCUCAGGACAAGAUGUUCCCCAGGUUCUCCAGAAGUGUGCGGAGUUUAUUGAGCAGUAUGGGAUUGUGGAUGGGAUCUACAGACUCUCAGGGGUCACCUCAAACAUCCAGCGUCUCAGGCAGGAAUUCUGCUCCGAGGCGUGCCCUGACCUUACCAAGGAAGUAUACCUCCAGGACAUCCACUGUGUGGGAUCCUUAUGUAAGCUCUACUUCAGGGAGCUGCCCAAUCCUCUGCUCACAUAUGAGCUCUACAGCAAAUUCACUGUGAGUAUGUUUAGUUUCAUGUGGAGAAUUAAAAAAAUCCUGUAUGAAUGAGACGGUAUGGCUGUG